UAUUUUUUUAAGGUCACUCCGAGAAAAAAAGAAAAGAAAAGAAGGCUUUAUUUUUUACGACCUGCAGUAGCAGAGAGUAGUAAAUAAUGGAGGACGAGGUGGCGGUGCUGCUGGCCAACAGGUCGUCGCCGUCGUCGGCGAUCGUGCGCAUGAACAGCAGCGCUGAGGGCAACAUGAGCUACGCCAACAACUCCGACUUCCAGCAGGGGAUCGCCUCCGCCACCAGGAAGGCGAGGCGGGACAUGGCCGCCGCGCUGUACCGCGCCCUGGGCCGCCCGGCCACCCUGGCCAUCGCCGACCUGGGCUGCGCCACGGGGCCCAACGCGCUGCUCAUGGUGUCCGACGCCGUCGAGGCCGUGCUGGCGGAGAACAGUAAGGGCGGCGGGGAGGCGCCGCCCCAGCUGCACGUCUUCCUCAACGACCUCCCCGCCAACGACUUCAACGCCGUCUUCCGGCUGCUGCCGUCGUCGCCGCUCGCCAGCGCCGGCUGCCUCGUCUCCGCCUGGCCGGGCUCCUUCUACGGCCGCCUCUUCCCGGAUGCCAGCCUCGACUACGUCGUCUCCUCCUCCAGUCUCCAUUUCCUCUCCAAGGCGCCGUCGAUGGCGACGGAGCAUCUCAACCGGGGGCGAGUGUUCGUGUCGGCGUCCGGCCCGGCGGUGGCGCUGGAGGCAUACCGGGCGCAGUUCCACGCCGACUUCCUCGCCUUCCUCGGCUGCCGCGCCGCCGAGACGAGGCCCCGGGGCCUGCUCCUCCUCACCUUCGUCGCCAGGAGGGGCGCGCGCCCCACCGCGCACGACUGCUACCUCUGGGACCUCCUCGCCGACGCGCUCAUGGACAUGGCCGCCGCCGGCCUCGUCGACGAGGACCGGGUCCACUCCUUCAACGCGCCCUACUACGCGCCCUGCCCCGACGACCUCGCCAGGGUCGUCGCCAAGGAGGGCUCCUUCGCCGUCCGGACCAUGCAGCUCUUCGACAUCACGCGCCGCCGCCUGUUCCGCCCCACCGCAUCUCUCCCGGCUAGUAAUAAGUUACGCGACGACGACGAAGAGCUGCCGCAGUGGAUGGCCGGGGAGACGGCGGGCACUGUCAGGGCAGUCGUGGAGCCCAUGCUGCGGACUCACUUCGGCUGGGCCGCCAUGGACGGGCUCUUCUGCAGGUACCGCCUCCUGCUCGAGGCAUACUACCGCAGCAAGGCCACCAAGAACAAGGACGACAUCACCAACGUCUUCCUCGUCCUGGAGAAGAAACAACGUUAACUAGCUCACCCUCCGGUUUCCCUCCAUGCAUCUUAGUUACCCCGAUGAUGCACGGCUACGUACCCCUUUCCUUUCAUUCGCCAUGCAUGUGUCGUCAAAUUAAAGUAUGAUACAUAUUUUUCAAAACAGUGUAUCAAGGUUAUUUAAAUUCUGUUAAAUAUAUUGUCGGAUUUGUCUCUAUAAAAAAGAUUUCUUA